AUGCUUCCUCGACUAGCUCGAUUGAGUCCGGUGUCUGUGUGUCGGGCGCCACUUGCGCGCUCGUUCCACGUGACCGCCACUCGUCUCCAUGAUCCCUAUGGGCUCGAGACCGCGAAGCAGCCCAAGGGAGGCAAGCGACGUAAGGAAAUGUCUGUUGAGGAGAUUUCCGCUGCCAAAAAGGCCCGUGAGGCCGCUCUGUUAAAGAAUGUGCGUCCCAAGGCCGAGCAGGAGCGCCAGCAGGCCAAGGACGAGGCCGAGGAGAAAAACAAGCGACUCAAGAAGCUCGCCACGUUCUCCGUUCUCUUCACAGCCGCCAUCGCCUACACCUGGCUUGUGGCCACCAAGCUGCCCGAGAUCCAGAAAAAGGGCGAGGCCAAGCGGGAAUUGCACAAGGGCCGAACUGACUUUGACCGAACCGAGACCGUGGCUGCUCCCCGAGACACCACCGAGUGUUACGAUGCGCUGGCCAAGGUGUACGACGACAAGAUGAAGUGGGAGGAGCGAUGGGGUCUGAUUUUCCGAUGGAGACACAAGGUGGCCAAGGAGUUGGAGGGUGACGUGCUUGAAAUGUCUUGCGGCACGGGCCGAAACAUCGACUACCUGGACACCCGAAAGGUCAAGUCCAUCACGUUUGUGGACUCUUCCCUGCCCAUGCUUGAGGUGGCCGAGGAGAAGUUCCGAAAGGCCUUCCCUCGGUUUAAGCGGGUGCAGUUUGUGCAGGGCAAGGCCGAAAGCUGCUACGAUCUGGCCAAGGACUCGGGAAUGAAGUACGACGUGGUGUUUGAGACUUUUGGACUGUGUUCUCACGAAGACCCCGUCAAGGCUAUCACCGAAAUGAAGCAGCUGCUCAAGCCUGGAGGAAAGGUGGUGCUGCUGGAGCACGGCAAGUCCGCCUGGGAGUUCAUCACCCGAUACCUGGACAAGAAGGCCGACGAGCGAGCCAAAAUCUGGGGUUGCAGAUGGAACCUCGACAUCCCUCAGAUUGUGCGGGACAGUGGCAUGACCGUGGUCAAGAACAAGACUGGUGGUUUCGGAACAAACCACCUGUACAUUCUGGAGGUUCCCGAGGAGCCGAAGGUCGAGCCUGUCGUCAAGGUCGAGACCAAGGUUGAGACCAAGCCCGAACAGAAGUAA